AUGACGGGUCCAAAUUCCUACCUUUCUGAACCAACUGCAGAAUAUGCUGAGUACCUUAGAGUUACAAACCCCAUCCCAGACCUCGCGGAUGUAGGAGGAAGUGAAGAAGCCCGCCAAGCUCUCCAAAACCUCUUCAAUCCUAGCCGUAACGUCACGAUCCCUACAACCGGUUUUGUUAUCACCGACUUCACUAUUCCUGCCCGAGAUGGCUAUAGCCUUCCCAUACGCUCCUACAUCCCCGAGGGCCCAGAAAGCACCACCUGGCCUAUAAUCAUAUGGAGCCACUACGGAGGCUGGGUUUUCGGCGGCCUGGAGAGCGACGAUACACUCUGCCGAGUGUUUGCCAAAGAGCUUAAAGUCGCUGUUGUGAAUAUCGAUUAUAGAUUGGCGCCCAAAUGGGUAUUUCCCACCGCAGUGAAUGAUGUUCAUGACACCGUCAGAUGGAUAUCUGUAAACCCGGAUAAGCUCAACGCAGACCUCUCCAAAGGCUUCAUCAUUGGCGGCACAUCAGCAGGCGCUAAUAUGUCCUCCAUCGUAGCGCAUCUCGCCCGCGACGAAAAUCUCACACCCCCACUAACCGGGCAGCUCCUCAGUCAGGGGAACUUCUUCAGUCGUGGCCAUCUCGACUUUAUCCCCGAGGAGCUGCGUGCUGAGUAUACUUCUGAUAUCGAUAAUAAAGACGCAGUCAUCAUUAGCACAAAAUCUAUGGAGUACAUUUUCAAUACAGUAAAGCCGGAUCCGACAAGCCCCCUUUUCAGCCCGGUGUUGUUUAAGUCGCACAAGGGACUUCCGAAAGCCUUUUUUGAGGUUGCGGGAGGGGAUCCGCUUAGAGACGAUGGAUUGAUCUACGCAAAGAUCUUGCAGGCAAGUGGGGUAGAGACGAAAAUGAAAAUCUUCCCAGGGCUGCCGCACACAUUUUAUGAGUUUGCGCAGUGGAAGGCGGCGGGAGAGUGGAUUCCGAGUCUCGUGGAGGGUGUAAAGUACUUGUUGGGACGCGCGUAG